UUUGACUAGAAACUAUUCCAUUGUUCUUCGCCUUUCCCCUCUCACAAGUAAGCAUUUUUUCAAUUUCCUUCUUCACAAAUCACACACCCACGUGUGUGUCACCGCGAACCAUCUUUCUACACCCUUCCAUUUUCUUCCACUAUUCCUCUUUCUUUCAUGCUUCAAUCCACAACAUACCCACAAUUUUCCACUCAUCAAAACCACAAAAUUUCAACUUUUUCAUCAAUUUAGUAUCUGGUUCUUUCAAUCAUGGCUUGGUAUAGAAGAGGAAAGCUUGCUCUUAAUGGUUUUCAUACCUUGGCUUCUAGUGUUUCAUCUCAAAAUUCAAUUUUACUACCUAGUAACAGAAUUUUGCAAUCUGGGUAUUUGAAUUUGGGUAACAAAAAUGCUAGUUUUAACGGGUUUUCUUCGUUUUCUUCAAUUUUUCAACCUAGUUCGAGAAUUUUGCAGUCUGGGUAUUUGAAUUUGGGUAACAAAGGUGCUAGCUUUAAUGGGUUUUCUUCAUUUUCUUCAAUUUCUAAGAGAUUAGGAAAAAUGGGUUCUGAAAAUAAUAAGAAUGUUAGAGUUGGUUCUCAAGGUGGAAACUUUAAUGGAUUUUCUUCGUUUUCUUCAAUUUCUAAGAGGUUAGGGAAAAUGGGUUUUGAGAUUAAUAAGAAUAUCGGGUUGGGUUGCAAAGGUGGUAGCUUUAAUGGGUUUUCGUCGUUAUCUAAGAAUUUUAGAAGAUUAGACAAAAAGGGUUUUGAAGUUAAUAAGAAUUUUAGGAGAUUUUACUAUGUUGAUCCAAAAAAUGUGCAGCAUUUUAAGCCAAGAGGGCCAAAUAAUUGGUUUCAGAAUCCUAGGCAUGUUAUGAUUGGUGUAGUGGUUGGUUCUGGUGUUUUUAUUACUGUGUAUUUUGGGAAUAUGGAAACUGUUCCUUAUACGAAGCGAACGCAUUUGAUUUUGAUGCCGAAAGAGAUGGAGAAGAGUCUUGGGGAGAGUGAGUUUGAGAAGAUGAAGGCAGGUUUUAAGGGGAAGAUAUUGCCUGCAAUGCACCCUGAAAGUGUGAGAGUUAGGAUGAUAGCGAAUGAUAUUGUCGAGGCGUUGAAGAGAGGGUUGAGUAAGGAGAAUGUGUGGAGUGAUAUAGAUUAUGCUUCAGAAAAUUCUGUGUUUGGUGAAGAAAGUGGGAAGGAGACAAUUAAUGCAUUGACUGAAAAUGAAGGGAAAGUUGGAGGGAAUUGGCACCGGGAAGAUGAAGUUCUUGAUGACAAAUGGGUUCAGAAGAGUAGGAAAAAGGGUCAGGAGCGAGGGUCGCAACCUAAUACGUCGCAUUUGGAUGGAUUGAAUUGGGAGAUUUUGGUGGUGAAUGAUCCUAUGGUUAAUGCCUUUUGCUUACCUGGUGGGAAGAUAGUCGUAUUUACGGGUUUGCUUGAACAUUUUAGAAGUGAUGCAGAGAUAGCAACUAUUAUUGGACAUGAGGUUGGACAUGCUGUGGCCAGACACAGUGCUGAGACGAUGACAAAGAGUAUGUGGGUUUUAAUUCUAAACUUAAUACUUUAUCAAUUCGUCACACCUGAUAUUGUCAACACUAUGUCAUCACUUUUCUUACGGCUACCUUUCUCCAGAAGGAUGGAAAUUGAAGCUGAUUAUAUUGGUCUUCUAUUACUUGCAUCUGCCGGCUAUGAUCCACGUGGGGCACCUAAAGUCUAUGAGAAGUUGGGAAAAAUCUCCGGUGAUUCUAAGCUUUUAGAUUAUUUUGCUACUCAUCCAUCUGGAAGAAAACGAGCAGAAUUACUGGCUCAAGCUCAGGUAAUGGAUGAAGCUCUUACUAUAUAUAAGACUGUAAGAGAAGGACAUGGUGUUGAAGGAUUUCUUUAGGAAAGUAUUUUGAAAAAUUGAAUACUUGUGGGAUUUCCCAAAAGUAGGAAAUGCCACCAUAUUUGUCUGUGAAUGUGAAUCUGGUUUCAGUUACUUUCCAUGUUUUUAGAUUUCAUUUUAAAUCCAACUAAUGUACAUAAGUAAAUAUAGAUUCAAUAUUUUUGUUAGUUAAA